GCCCAGUUUCAGUGGUAUUAAAGAAGGACCUCCCACAACAACUGCACUGAUUCAAUUUCUUCGCAGAAUCCUUUCGAACUUGCUCUGUCAAUUGGAAAAUCGAGCAAGCCAUCUACCUCGUUCCAAACCAAUCCUACUGCAUACUUGUACCAUACGCAGCGCAUCCACUACAGACUACAAACUACAACCUCUACACCAUGACGACCUCCUCCCCUCACGUCCGCUACAUAUCCGAAUGCCUCAAGCUCGCCGAAAAGUCCCCUCCACGACCAACCAACUUCCGCGUCGGCGCAAUUCUCCUCUCCCGCAAAGCAUCCUCCAACGAUGACGCCACACAAGACGACCAAAUCCUCUCCACCGGCUACACAAUGGAACUAACCGGCAACACCCACGCCGAACAAUGCUGCUUCUCCAAUUACGCCGCCGUACACUCCGUCCCCGAAGACCGCGUCGCAGAGGUCCUCCCCUCCAACGACCCCGAUCGCAAACUAGUCAUGUACGUGACCAUGGAGCCUUGCGGGAAGCGGCUAUCGGGGAAUGCGCCGUGCGUGCAGAGGAUCAUCAACACUCGUUCCGAUGGUCGUGCAGGUAUUCAGAAGGUGUAUUUCGGUGUUAAGGAGCCUGGGACGUUUGUGGGGGGUUCGGAGGGGUGUAAGAUGUUGGAUGCGGCGGGGAUUGAGUGGGAAGUUGUGCGCGGGUUGGAGAGGGAGAUUUUGUCGGUUGCUACGGCUGGGCAUGAGAAUAGUGAGGAGGAGGUCAAGGCUGCGUUGGCGGAUUACGGGACUAAUGUUGAUGAUAUUAGUCCUGAGGAGCGGCAGAGGCAGGAGCAGCAGCCGAGGAAUCCGAAAAAAAGGAUGAUGGAGGGAUUGAUUUAGUUCGUAUCAUGGUAUAUGAUCUGUCGAUAGCUGAAUGAGCUAUUGAUUAGCCCGUCAAGGUCGGAACUCGAUUGCAUUGUAGUUCAAUGGUACUUUGAGAGUUGAAGAAUGCAAAAUAGCGGACAAGCAAAAAUAGCACGUGAUCUCCACGC